AGUGAGAGACUUUGCUGUGGGGAGAGAGCAAGCAAGGAGAGCGUCGUUUCUCCCUCCUCUCAUUCUCCUCUCUCUCUCUCUCUCUCUCUCUCUCUCUCUCUCUCUCCCUCUGUGCGAGCAUGUGUGUUGGUGAGUGCGCCUCCCGUCUCUCCCGGCUCCGCUGUUGUUCGCCGCCGCCACAGAUGAGCUGGGAAGAGGAGGGAAAGCGGAUGUAUCUGGCCAGAGGAAAACAGGAGGAGUUUGGAUCGGCAUGCGAGAUUAACCAGCGGCUCUGAUCAUCAACCACUCUCUGUUUCUCUCUCUCUCCCUCUCUCUUUCACACAUACACUCACCAAACACGCACACACAUCCAAACACACACGUGCGCUCUAAGACUCACACACAGUCGCUGGCUGGAUGUCUUCUCGCUAGGCUGAUCGAGAGAGGUACUUAGGCUUGUCAUUAGUUGUGUGCACGGGGAAAUCCUGAGAAGCCUCAUCGCGCGUGUGCGUGCGUGCGUGUUUUUGUGCAUGCACACUCAUGCAUGAAAGGGAUGUUGCGUGAAAGUGUGUGUGCUUGUAUGUGUGUGUGAUGGAAUGGAGAUGAGCCGAAACAUGAAACACACAGAGGCAGCUUUGAUUGGCUUGCGCUUUAAGUGACUCUCACCUCUCACUGUGGGUGUCACACAGGACUUGCCCCUGGGAUUUCUAUCAGUGAAAUCGAGCAGUCAGAGAGGGCGACAGAGGAUAGAGUGUGGGGUGGAGGGUGUGCAGUUUGGGGCUUUUGGAGGAGCGUGUUUGUUGGUGUUGUAAUAGGAGCCACAGGCAGGCUGGCAGCCACAGUGACUGUGCUGAGGGAGUCAUUGAGAGUAGAGAUGGAGAGGAAAGGGAUGCCCCAAGGGAGUAUCUUUCUCCUCCUGACUCUAACUCUCUGUAGUAGUUAUUUGUGUUUUCUACUUCUUUGCCUCUUCCUGUCUUCUCUCUUUUCUUUCUCGGAUGUUGCUUGUCAGUAAAUUGAUUGUUUUUAUGCUUUUUCUGUUGUUUCUUUAUUUGCUCAUUUAAGCUCCUCUGCUUCUCAGUUUUUUAAAUUUUUUAUUUUCUUAGCUCUUCCUCUCUUCUGCUUUGUAAAUAUGUUGUUAUAGUAAUAAAUCUACAGACAAUUCCUUUCUGUCCCUGCAGGUGUGAGUGCACCAGGGGCUCCCUGGCUGAGGGGCUGGAGAGCUGAUGAUGGAUCUGAAGGAGAGCUGUGGCAGUCAGGGGAGCCAAGAGAGCUCCAGCCUACACCCGACCUCCUGGCAAGCCUUUACUCACACCAGCACGCUGCAUGGCCUGCGCUUUGUCUUCCCGUAUGGUCAGCCCAGCGCACGCCGCUUGCUUUGGGCUCUGGCCCUGCUGGCCUGCAUAGGACUGCUAGCUCUGGAGAGUGCAGAGCGUUUGGCCUACUUCCUCUCCUACCCUCACGUGACCAGCGUGGAUGCCGUGGUUUCAAGCAGCCUCGUCUUCCCCGCGGUGACCAUAUGUAACCUCAACACUUAUCGUUUCAGCCGACUCACACGCAAUGACCUGUACCACGCGGGAGAGCUCCUAGCCCUGCUGGAUGUGCACCUUACAAUCCCUCAGCCGCACCUGGCAGAGCCUGACGUGCUGGCUUUCCUGGAGGAGAAAUCCAACUUCACCGCCUACAAGCCCAAGGCGUUCAGCAUGAAGGAGUUCAUCGAGAGAGUCGGCCACGACCUCAAAGAGAUGAUGCUUUACUGCCGCUACCAAGGCCAGGAGUGCAGCCCCAGCGACUUCAAAACCGUGAGUCCACUCAUGUCUUCUCUUAAAUGUCAGCUCUGCUUUUGGAUCAGUUGGGGUCAAAGCCUUUUUUGCAGCCUCGAAGCUCACAGAGGAGUUCAUCUGUGAGGUGUUUGGGGUUGCGUGUAGUCAGUCUUGUGAGGUUUUCCAGAGAUGGAUGCUUUUUUUCCCCUCUGCCAGUAAAAUGACUUGAUGUAUGCUGAUAGCUGCUCUUUCCCUCCCACACUGCUGCUCUGACAGUUUCCUGCUGGAUCUCUCCUCGGAUCUCUCCUGUUUGGCUGCACAGGUUGACUCUAAAGCUUUGGUCUGCUGCUUAAGUCUCUGCUGUUACCUUGUGGUUUUCUUCAGCCUAUUCAUAACAGCAUUGUGCUUAAAGACAGGUACAUUAUUGCAACAGGUUUGCUUUAUUUUAGUCACUGAAGGAAAGCUAUUGUUUUGUUGAGUACCUCUGUGAAGUUCCUUGAAAUCUCUCUGACAGUGUCUUUAUUUCUCCAGCUUGAGUUUCUUUUCUUUCUUUUUUUUCCAGUGAAUUCUAGGGAUGUUGGUGUACCUGUUGGUUUGGUUAUAAAAGCAGAAAAUACAGCCAGGAUGUGUAUUCUCUUUUGGAUGGUUGCAGGCUAGUGUUAAUUUCUCUCUUAAUUUGCUGUGCUGUUGGAUGAAGCAGCAUGAUGCUAGAUUGUUGUUCCUUCUCAAAAUUGCGCUCAUGAAACUAAAGGAUGAGACCCGAGGCAAUUAUUAUCAUGUUUUUGAAAUGUAGUCUGCAAUAUUGACUUGAUGGAACCAGAAUGCUAAUUAUUAAAGACUUUAAUGUUUCUGCAAAUUCUCAAGUUUAUUUAUUUAUUUAUUUAUUUUGGCUGAUCAAAGCGAGCAAUUUCUGGCACAAGUUGAUUUUGACACCACAACACAAUUCUGAACACCCACUUGUUGCAUCCUCUGACUCGCUCAGACUGCUUGUUAAUUAGGUCUGUCAGUGUGUAGCUGAGGAGCACAUUGCACACAGUAUGUGAAUGCUGGAAAUAUUAAAGCAUUCAGAAAACAAAUCGUUGGUGACCUUGUGGACGAAGUCCUGACACUUUUUUCUUCAGUGACAUAAAGGAUGAAAAAUGACUUUUUAGAUCCUCCAAGAUGCCUCGGAAAAGUGUUUUGAAGGAUUCUCAUUUGCAGACAUUUUUAACCUUGCAACCGUAAAUUAUAGCUUUUCUGCAGAGCACUUUGAAAUGCAUGCUGUUCUUACAGAGUUUAAGAUGUAUUUAUUCAUCGACUCUUAUGCGUGAAAACAUUGUUGGCAGACUUGUGCUUUGCAUUAGCCUGCAUUUGUUUUAUUGUUUAGCAUCAUUAUUGCCUGGUAAUGCAGUUUAAGUGCAGAUUUAAUUCUAGCGUUGCUGCAUGCAUAUAAUGUAAAUACCAUUAAGGCCUGAAUUUGAUGGCAUUUGACUGGGUGCAGAUCCUGAAAAAUACAUUAUUGAAUGUAAAUGGUAUUUGCUUUCAACAUGAACAAGCUAGAAAAGUUAUAAAUACCCUAAUUUCACACAUCUGUAAUCAGCACCUUUUUAUUGGCUGAGAGAACAGACACACUGGCUGAAAUGAGCAUGGCUGACACAUCAGAUGAACAGAUGCUGGUUACUUACUUUUCACACUUUGUUCUUCUUGAGCUCCGUUGAUUAGAAUACUGGCAGUCCACACUUAGUCAAGCUGAUAAGCCAAGUAUGUUGAUAUAGAUCCUUUAAAACUCUAACUAGGAGAUAUGUGUGACAGAGUGAGUUUGAUUCACAUUUCUGGUGUUUUUGAGUUCUUAACUUUUACCCAAACUUC